CACCACUAGCACGCUUUCUUUCCUCUCCAGUUUUUGCUCCCCUCGAGACCCCAAAAGCACCCAAGGCUGGGAACAACAGGAAAAAGAAAAGGUAGGCUCGAAGAACCCUAGAAGCCAGCCAUUGCUCUCUCCGUCCCCUUCUCCCGCUGAGACAGCUCCGGACUUCCAGGACUUCGGAUUGCCGAUUCGAGGAAAGAGGAGCAGGCAUGGGCUCCGGAUCUUUGCUCAAGGUUCUUGCCAAGAACUUCGAUGUUCUUGCAGGGCCUUUGGUGGCACUAGCUUAUCCUUUGUAUGCUUCAGUUAGGGCAAUUGAAACCAAAUCCCCUGUGGAUGAUCAGCAAUGGCUCACAUAUUGGGUGUUAUACUCAUUAAUAACAUUGUUCGAGCUUACAUUUGCAUCAAUUAUUGAGUGGCUUCCUUUUUGGUCCUCUAUGAAAUUGAUCUUCAUUUCCUGGCUUGUCUUGCCAUACUUCAGUGGUGCAGCCUAUGUGUACCAAAAAUAUGUGCGGCCUGUGUUUGUUAAAAACCAGAUGGUCAACAUUUGGUAUGUCCCUCAGAAAAAGGGCAUUUUCGGCAAAUCAGAUGACUUCCUCACAGCACUUAAUAAGUACAUUGAAGAAAAUGGACCCGAAGCACUGAAGAAAUUGACAGAUAAGGAUGGCAAGUCAUCUAAACAGUCUGGAAAAUUGUGGAAAGGUUUGAAAGAAACAAAGUCAUCAAAGGAGUCAAAAGAACUAAAGGCAUCAAAAGAUGCAAAAGACUCGAAGCCAUCGAGGGAUUCAAAGCCAGCAAAGGAAUUGAAAGAACAGAAGAAGAUACUGAAGGACUCACAAGAACAGAAGAAGGCACUGAAAGAUUCAAAAGAACUGAAGAAGUCACUGAAAGACUGGAAAGGGCUGAAGAAGUCACUGAAAGAUCCAAAAGAAGCUGCGCCACUCAAAGAUUCAAAUGAACCUGAACAGAAGAAGAGCAGCAAGCGCGUGACAUUUGCCGAGGUAGAGCCAGAAAAAGAAUUCAGAGCAUCGAACAGUGACUGGCAUCCAACCUCAGAUUAUCACAGCGCAUACCCUGAGCACAACACGUGGAACAGCAGCUUUAUGAUCUUCGAUGAACAUCGUUACUGGGACUAGUUCCCAUCCAAGACUGACCAACGCAGCCUGGCAUAGAUUUUUCUUGGUUCAUCAGAAGCGUGGAGAGACCCAUUUCAACGUCAUUCAAGGGAAUGGAGGUCACCAGCUGCGUCUUUAGUCUUUGAUCAGUUGUUUAGACUUGUCAUCUUUUAACAUAUAAUUGUCCGUUGUUCAUGUAACUUUAGAUGAGUAUGUAGUAACUGUAGCUGUAGGCUUAUGUAGAUGGUUGUGGUGGUGACGAACUGGUGAUGCUAUUUUGGGUACCGAACCUUUAUUAGCAGGAUGAGUCGAGGGGAUAUCAAA